CUGGAGGCGGACCGCGUUCGCUGUCGCCAAAUGGAGGAGGAGAACGAGGAGCUGAAGGAGGAGAUCCAGCGGCUGGAGACGGCGCUCAAUAACCUGCCCGUGGGCGACGGUUGUGCCACGCGCGACACGGCCGCUCAGAUCACCCAGCUACUGCAGACGCUAAACGAUUACAUGGUCAAGGCGCCCGAGCUCUGCAACCGACUCCGCAUGGCUGCGCAGCAGAUCAUGGACGGCGAGAAGCGCUUGACGAACGAGCGCAGCACGCGUGCUAUGGACCAGGCCGAGGUGCAGUACCUGCGCACCGAGAACCAGCGGCUGCGAGAGCUGGCCUUCCGCGCCAACAUGUCCGCCUUCCAGGCCAGCGUGCAGCUGCCGCAGAACCAGAUGGGUUUCCAGCAGCAAAUGAUGACUCCCGGCGCGCCGUUCGGUCCGGGCGGCGCCUGUGUCGACCCGUAUGCCCAGCAGCAAGGCGGCCCACAGGUGCGACGCAAGAGCAUGUUCCAGCGUGUGUUCGGCAAGAACACGGCCGAGGACAUGGGGCCGGGCACGCUGCAGUACCAGGACGGCAGCCGCGUGCAAUUCGACCCGAUGAUGAGCAUGCAGCAGCAGCGGCUGUCGCUGGCCAUGCAAGAAGACCCGGAUGAGGCGGCGCGUCGCCUGCAGCUCCUUAACCAGGAGAAGACUGGCAAGGGCUGCUGCCGGCGCUAGCAGACAGUGGCGUGAUGACCGCGGAGACGAUGCAGGCCAGGACCGGUCAGAGCUGAGAACAGGUCACCCGGUGAUCCAAGACCGCUGAGAACUUUUGGAAGGUGAAGAGAUGAGCAUGUGUGCUGCUUGCUUCUUUCGUGGCACUGUUAUGAAAAGCAUGCUCAUUUUCCAACGGCAGUAGUUUAUUAGUGUCGUGGGUGCUAUUUGAUUUAUCUCGCUGUACAGUCAUUGCGCAUGGAUGUUGUCUGUUUAUGCCAUACCCGUCAGGGGUUAUUUCAAUGGCAUACACCUCAUCAUUCCGGUUUUCAUGCGUGCCAUAUAUUUGGCACUCAAUUCUUAAUUGCAUGAUGAGUGAAUCAGCAAAGUAAGCAGCAGAUAAGGUUCAAAAUCCAGUGGCGCAAGCAUUACCUCCAUGACCCUGGUGAAACCUGAUCUCCAUUCCAGGCCGAUCGGGAAGUUUUGACUGUGGCCUUGUACCCAAAUAGUUCGAAGACCACUUGUCAACAGUUUGUACAAACCUGACACCGGCGAACCAUCUCCCCCGACGAGUGAUAUCCUCUGCUAGUAUUAAAUGUUUUUUAUACAUGUAUUUCGGUUGCAUGCACAUUUGACCCAUGUGUGAAUAUUUUUCGGGGGACAAUAAAAUAAACAACAUUCA